UCACGUCAAGUCAUACUUCGAUUAUAUGGGGGGAGGGGUGAAGAGGGUCACACAUAUGGUGGGCACUUGAACUGCCAAAUAGCCUUCGGCGUAUUUUUCCAAAACCAGAGCUAAAAGGAGUGGAGUUUUGCUUGCUCAGAAGAGGUUAGGAGCAAAUUGUUUCAAAGAGAUGGAGCACAAGCACGUUUUGCUGUCAGCAUUGGGUGUUGGGGUUGGUCUCGGAGCAAGCCUUGGGUUGAGCUCAGGGCUUGGAGGGAAUCACGAGUCUGGUGAUGAGCUUUAUGGUGAACAGAUUGAGCAGGAGCUUUUGAGGCAGGUGAUCGAUGGAAAGGAAUGCAAAGAAACUUUUCAAGAGUUUCCGUAUUACUUAAGUGAAAGAACUCGAGAGUUAUUGAAAAGUGCUGCAUCUGUUCAUUUAAGGCAACUUUUCUUUUCCAAGCACACUUGGAACCUUUCACCAGCAAGCAGGGCAAUUCUGCUUUCUGGACCCGCGGAAUUUUACGUACAAACGCUUGCCAGGGCUUUAGCACAUCAUUUUGAAUCAAAGUUGCUGCUCCUAGAUGUAGCUGAUUUCUCUUCCAAGAUACAAAGCAAAUAUGGAUGUGUAAGAAAAGAAUCAUCUUCUAAAAUUUCCUUAUCUGAGGUGGCUUCCCAGGGAGUGUCGGAUUUGCUUGGUUCUGUCCUCUCUUCAAAUGGCAAAACUAAAGGCACUUUUCAGAAACACAGUAAUGCUACUGGAAGUCCCAAUAUCACUUCAAAUAUUCGUGCGACUACUGCUUCCCAAUCUGCUCCGGCAAAUUCUGCUAAGCAGAAAAGUAGCUUGUGUAUCAAUGAAAAACUCUUUAUGCGGUUGCUUUACAAGGUAUUGGUUUCUGUGUCAGAAAAGAGUUCCAUCAUCUUGUACAUUAGGGAUGUUGACAAGAUUUUCCUCCAAUCAGAGCAACUGUAUAAGUUGUUUAAUGAUAUGCUGGGGGAAAUUCGAGGGCCAGUGCUGAUACUCGGUUCCAAGAUCGCUGUCCAAACCAAAAAACCUGGAAAUCUCCCACCAUACAUAGUGUUGUCUCGCAAAGAGAAUAAAUGUUCAAAAGUUGAUGAAAGGCUCGUAGCAUUGUUCCCUUACAUCAUUAAGAUCAAGCCACCAGAAGAUGAAAAUGAUCUUAAGGAAUGGAAAGCCCAGCUGGAAGAGAACAAGAAAACAAUUGAGUCUCAAGAUAACAGAAACCACAUUGCUGAUGUACUGGCAGAAAAUGAUGUUGAAUGUAGAGACUUGAAUUCAAUUAGCCAUGAGGACACAAAGAUACUAAGUAAACAUAUCGAAGAAAUUGUGUUAUCCGCAAUAUCUUACUACUUGAUGAAUAUCAAGGAUCCAGAAUAUCGGAAUCAAAAGCUUGUAAUAUCAUCUGAAAGCUUGUGCCAUGGUUUGGAUCUAUUUCGCAAAAAGGAAAGCAGGGACGAGGGAAAGAAGCAACAAACUAGGGGAAAAAAGGAAGUUCGUCCAGACAAUCAGCAUGAGGGGCAUAUAAGAGAAGAACUUAUCCCUGCGAAUGAGAUAGGAGUUACAUUCUCAGAUAUUGGUGCUUUAGAGGAAAUUAAGGAAUCACUACAAGAGCUAGUCAUGCUUCCACUUCGAAGACCAGAGCUCUUCAAAAGUGGGCUUCUUAAGCCUUGUCGAGGCAUAUUGCUCUUUGGACCUCCAGGUACUGGAAAAACAAUGCUUGCAAAGGCAAUUGCCAAUGAAGCAGGAGCUAGUUUCAUCAAUGUCUCCAUGUCUACCAUCACAUCAAAGUGCUUUGGAGAAUCUGAGAAGCAUGUCCGUGCUCUGUUCUCUCUCGCUGCAAAGGUUUCUCCAACUAUCAUUUUCAUUGAUGAGGUUGAUAGCUUGCUCGGGAGUCGAGCAAGACGUGGAGAGCAUGAGGUUACGAGGAGGAUUAAGAAUGAAUUCAUGACCCAUUGGGAUGGUCUAUUGACAAAACAAGAUGAGAGAAUUCUGGUUCUUGCUGCAACCAAUAGGCCAUUCGACCUUGAUGAUGCAAUCAUAAGGCGAUUUGAGCGAAGAAUCAUGGUUGGUCUUCCAUCAGUGGAGGCUAGGGAGAUUAUCUUGAAAACCCUUCUAAGUAAGGAAAAUACUGAAAAUUUAGACUUGAAGGAGAUUGCAGUCAUGACAGAGGGGUAUACUGGAAGCGACCUCAAGAAUUUGUGCACUGCUGCUGCUUAUCGACCUGUUAGGGAGCUAAUAAAACAGGAGAAGUUGGAGGCUUUGGAGAAGAAUAAAGAAGAGGCUGAAGGCCAAAACUCAAAAGCUGCUUCAAGUGCCAAAGAGGAUACAAAAGAGAAGGACAAGAGUGAGAAAGAUGCUGAAGGUCAAAGCUCAGAAGCUGCUUCUAGUGCUAAGGAGGACAAAGAAGAGCCCGUGAUUACCUUGAGGCCUAUAAAUAUGGAAGACAUGAUUCAGGCUAAGAAUCAGGUUCCUGCGAGUUUUGAUGCUUGCGGAUUAAUUAUGCAUCAGUUGAAGCAGUGGAAUGAGCUGUAUGGAGAACGAGGUUCGCGGUAGAAAUAUCACUUAAAUGAAUUU